UGGUGGGGGGGGCCUGCAUCGCGCGUGGGACCUUCCUGCUGGGCCGCGUGCGUGUGGGACCACCCAGGGGGCAGGCUGCUGCCAGCGCACCCAGUGCACAAGCCGUUGGGGAGCGAGAGAACAGGCCCCAAGCUGGGGUGAAGCCUCCCCCAGUGGAUAAAAUGGCUUCUGAGCUGGGCUCGACACCAGCCCUGGGAUUCCCGUUCCAGGCACUGGUGCAGCCCCUGGUUAAAAAGGAGGAGCAGGACCCAGCAGGCCCCAUGGUGACAGACAAAGUCCCUUGUUUCAUCCCAGCCAGGAACAGCGAGGAGUCCCUGACACCGGUGCCUCCACUUCAGGUGAAACAGGAGCCACAGGAGGAGCCGGUCCAGCGUUGGGAGGUGCUCCAGGCCCCGCUGUUCCCUGCUGAAGCUGCACCAGCCCUGCUGACCCCGCAGCAGCUGGAGGUGGCUCCCAGAGACGAUGCCCCAACGCUGGAGACACGGCGCCGGUGCUUCCGAGGCUUCCGCUCCCAGGAGGCUAUGAGCCCACGGGAGUUUUGUGGCCACCUGCGGGAGCUCUGCCAGCGCUGGCUGGAGCCCCAGCGCCGCAGCAAGGAGCAGAUCCUGGAGCUGGUGGUGCUGGAGCAGUUUCUGGCUGUCCUACCCCAGGAGAUGCAGAGCUGGGUGUGGGGGCGCGGCGUGGAGACCUGUGCGGAGGCCGUGGCCCUAGUUGAGGGGUUUCAGCUGGGGCAGGCAGAGAAGGAGAAGCUGCAGGUCACGGUGCACGUGAAGCUGGAGGAGGUGGCCUCAGACAAUAUGAUGCCUGCUGGGGCAUUGUGGGAACCUCUUGACUCCUGGCUGCAGCGGUCAGAGCCCCAGCCUGUGCCGGAGGCAGGAUGGGGUGAAAGCCUGGGGCCCCAGAGUGAGCUGCCUCCUGUCCCCAAAGAGGAACCCCCACCCCGCGAGGAGUCAGUCAGAGGCGGCGGGACCUUGCGAACAAGCAACAAGGAUCCACUCAGCGAAGCAGGUGGUGGCCUGGAGAUAUCCAGCAGCGUGGCAUGUGGCGAGGCACCCAGCAUGCAGCAGCAAGAUACUUGGCAGCCAGGAGCCUACAGUAAGAUCUACGGGGCUGGCAGUGGCGGGGAAGCCCUCGGUAUCGUCUUGGCGGAUCAUGUCCAAAAAAGAGAACGGAGCGGUGUACGGGGGAAGAUGCUGAAGGGAAUGAGGCGCAGCUAUGACAGGAACUUUAAGAUGAUGGUCAUCAAUUACGCCGAGAAAACAAACAACUGCGAGGCGGGGAGGAUCUACAGCGUGACCGAAGCCAACGUGCGUCGAUGGAGGCAGCUAAAAGGCAAACUCAAGACAGCCAAGUCCACGCGGCGGUCGUUCAGUGGUCCGAAGAAGGGCCGCUUUCCCGAAAUCGAGAAGCAGGUGCUGAACUAUGUUCAGAGGCAGAGGAGCGAGGGCGUGCGCGUCACCUGUGAAAUGCUGAGGCUCCAGGCAUUAGAAAUAGCAAAGGAAUUAAAUAUCCCACAGCACGAUUUCAAGGCGAGCAACGGGUGGUGCAUCCGCAUGAUGCGACGCAGCGGCUUAGCCCUGCGACAGAGAACACCACUGGCCCAGCAACUACCGUCAGGCUGCAGCGAGAAACUUUAACUCCAGUGGUACAGUUUUGGGCUGUAUAAGACUCAUAAUUACUGAUUGGGCCCAAUGGUUGGUGCUGAUGAGACUCCGGUCUAUUUUGAUACACAGCGGAUCAUCACCGUCAAUGAGAGAGGCGCAAACUCCCUCGUUUUGAGAUGCAUAGGAAACAUGAAGUCACAAAUGACAGUGAUGUCAGUGGCAUUAAUGGAUGGCAGAUAAUUGCCACCCUGUAAUUUUGUAUUCUAUUUUUUUUGAAAGGGGAAAAACUCUGCCCGACGGCCUGCCAAACUGGGGGUACUUCCCCAGGGAGACUGGAGGGACUUUGGCCUCACUGGGUUUAAACCCAUCGUCAAAUGUCUUUCUUGACUAGGAGCUGAAGCAUUGGGCAUCAUCUAUUUACUGCUGCCCCUUCAGCCCAUCAUUUUCUCACUGUUGCAGUUAGUUAUAUAUUUUUCCCCCAGUAUUUAUGUCCAAAACAAUAUUGAGGUUUUCCAUCCUUGCCCCGUUUUAAGGAGCAUCUUGUUACAAAAAUGUUGCAAUGGGGGGUCAGAUUCCCACCCCUGGGGCUCAGACAGCUGGGAGAAGGGCCCUACAGCUGCUCCCCUUGCUGCUUGGGACAGAGGUGUAACAGCUGGGACUUCUUGCAGGGUCCUAUUCUUGCAGGGGAGGGGGCUCUGGAUGCUAUCCCCAACUGGAAGGAGGGAAAUAAAAGGGUAAGAACUUCUUCUCUGCUGAAAAUGCAAUUAAAAAGGACCUCAUUUUUAGAUGCUGGCCUCAGUACAAUUUGAGAGAGUCUCCUCUGCACCUUUUCCAUUUGUCAUGGAUCCUCCUGUCUCAGGGAUAAUU